AUGUCGGCUCUAGCAAGGCGUAGAGCUCAAGAGCUCCGAAAUCUAGCUCUAACUAGCUCUAAAUACACUGCCUGUCCAUUGCGGCCUUUCUCCGUUCUCAACCGCCCACCACCAAAUUAUCCUGGCCAUGUGCCAUUGACAACCAUUGAGCGCGGAGUUCUCGCCGUGGGCUCAGCUAUAGGUGCAGUACUGAACCCUUACAGAGGAGAUCUCAUUGCAACCCUCGGCGAGGCAACUGCAACCCCAUACUUCAUAUACAGACUACGAAAUGCCAUGCUUCAUGACCCAACAGGUCGCCGCAUCCUCCGCGACCGACCUCGUAUCACUUCCGAAAGUCUCAAUCUUCCCUACCUCCGCUCACUACCCGAGAACUCCGUCGGUCGUGCUUACGUCAAAUGGCUCGAUCGCGAAGGUGUCUCCCCAGACACGCGCACCAGCGUCCAAUAUAUCGACGACCCGGAGUGCGCAUACGUUAUGCAGCGGUACCGCGAGUGCCACGACUUCUACCAUGCUAUAACCGGACUCCCGAUCUUUGUAGAGGGGGAGCUGGCGUUGAAAGCGCUGGAGUUCCUGAACACACUUAUUCCCAUGACGGGACUGAGUCUCUUUGCGUAUGUGCGCAUGAAGCCUGCUGAAAAAGAGCGGUUCCUUAAGUUACAUUUGCCUUGGGCGGUGAAAAAUGGACUAGCUAGUAAGGAGUUUAUUAAUGUCUAUUGGGAGGAGAUAUUGGAGAAGGAUGUGGAUGAACUGCGAGCUGAGCUACAUCUUGAACGGCCGCCGGAUCUGAGAGAUAUUCGGAAGAUGAUUAAGCAGCAACAGAAGCGCGAGAAGGAGAGAAAAGAGCAGCAACAAUAG